AUACUUGUAUAUUUUUAGGCCUAAACUAUUAGAUUAAGAUUUUGGUUGAGUUGGUCCUAUAUUAUGAUAUCGGAAAUGUCGGUGUCCCUCCAACCGUCUUGGCUUUUUUUGCACUAUUUCACUUUUUUUUUUUUUUUUUUUUUUCAUUCACUAGUGUAGCUAGGUAGCUAGUUAGAAACUGCUUGAGAGUUGAGACCUUGAGUGCCUGACUACUGCCACCUUUCUUCUUUUUUUACACUUUAUCUCCAUGUAAUCCAUCAAUUUCCCACCUCUCAAUUUUCUCUCUCCAAAAACAAAAAAAAAACACCCAAAUCAAAUCCCUAAAAUCCCACAUUUUUCAACCAUAUAAAAAUCCCCCAUUUCAAAUGGAAGAUGAAAAACCAUUACUGGGUACAUUCUUCAAUGGCGGAACCAUAAUUCGUCGACCAACAUGGGCGUUUCUUUUGCUAUUUUUCACAACUUUUGCCGUUUUUACCCUCCCUUUUACCACUAAAACGUUUUCUUCUCCUCCUUCUUCUUCUUCUUGGCCGCUUCCGGGUCAUUCCGAGUCACGGGUUGAUCCGGAUUCAUGCUCCGGGUUCUUCCGGCCCGACCCGCCGAGGAAGUUUGUGGUGUCAAUCACGGAGUUUGGUGGUGUUGGAGAUGGUGUAACUUCCAACACCGACGCGUUUCGUAAAGCUGUUGGGUAUUUGAAACGUUUCGAGAAUAAAGGUGGGUCCCAGCUUAAUGUUCCUCAAGGAAGAUGGGUUACUGGAAGCUUCAAUCUUACCAGUAAUUUCACGCUUUUUCUUGAAAAGGGUGCUGUUAUUUUGGGAUCUCAGGAUCCAAAGGAGUGGCCGAUCAUUGAGCCUUUGCCAUCAUAUGGAAGAGGAAGAGAGAGGUUAGGUGCCAGACAUAUUAGUCUCAUCCAUGGAAACUCCAUCAGCAAUGUUGUCAUUACAGGACAGAAUGGGACAAUUGAUGGACAAGGAAGAAUGUGGUGGGAUUUAUGGUGGAACAGAACACUGGAGCAUACUAGAGGCCAUCUUGUUGAGCUUGCUAAUUCUCAUAAUAUCCUGAUUUACAACCUCACAUUUCGAAAUUCUCCAUUUUGGACCAUUCAUCCUGUGUAUUGCAGGAAUGUUGUAAUCAGGAAGAUGACAAUAUUGGCUCCUCUAAAUGCCCCAAAUACAGAUGGUAUAGACCCAGAUUCAAGCACAGAAGUAUGCAUUGAAGACUGUUACAUUGAGAGUGGGGAUGAUCUUGUGGCUGUGAAGAGUGGGUGGGAUCAAUAUGGCAUUGCCAUGGCACGUCCCAGCUCAAACAUAAUAGUGAGAAGAAUUUCUGGCACAACUCCAACAUGCUCAGGUGUUGGAAUAGGUAGUGAGAUGUCUGGUGGAAUAUCUAACAUAACCAUAGUUGAUAUUCAUGUCUGGAAUUCGGCGGCUGGGGUCAGGAUUAAAACUGAUGUCGGGCGAGGAGGAUACAUAACGAAUAUCUCAAUAUCAAACCUAAGAUUGGAGAGGGUAAAAAUACCCAUUAAGUUCAGUAGGGGUGCUAAUGAUCAUUCUGAUGACAAGUGGGACCCAAAGGCCAUUCCCAAAGUUGGUAAGGUGUUUAUCAGUAAUGUAGUUAGCUUGAACUCGAAGAGAGCACCUGAAAUACUUGGCAUUGAGGGUUCACCUUAUGAAGGUAUAUGCAUGAGAAACGUAAAUAUUUCUGGCCUCCCCCCAUCAGCUAAAUGGCACUGUGAACAUGUUUCCGGUUUUGCAAGCGAGGUGUUUCCACCUCCAUGUCCUCAGUUUCAAGUUGAUAGUUCACCGUCAUCAUGUGGGUUUACAUGAAUGUUAAACUAGUUCCCAAGUUAUCAGACUUCAAUCAUUUCCUGCAGUUGAUCUCAAAGAUCAUAAGUUCAUAAUGGUGAAAAUUGAAGACACAAAAGAGGCUUGAAGAUAUUGGCUUAUACUGUAUCAUACCAUACUUUCAGGGCUCAGAAGCAGAAAAAAUAUCUUUACUGAUGCAACAUCAACCAGCACCUUCCAGGCCAAGUGAGCUUUUGUGAUUUUAGAAACCACAAGUUUUUGUUAUGACAGAUACAGAUUGAUGACCAGAUUCCAGCCCGAUGGUUCGCUUUAUUGUAUUACUAUUCGUUCAAUUUUUUGCACAUUUCUAACUUGUGAUGACUUUGGAACACUUAUUCAUCUCAAGGAGGAAUACAAACAUCGAUACGUGUACAUGUUGAGUAGAAAUUUUUUCAAAGCCGAGAAAUCUAAUUAUCAAUUACCAA